AUGGCGCCCCUCAUCAACCACCUUUACACGGCCGACCCUUCAGCCCACGUCUUCAAUGGCAAAGUCUACAUCUACCCGUCCCACGACCGCGAGACCGACAUCAAGUUCAACGACAAUGGAGACCAAUAUGACAUGGCCGACUACCACGUCUUCAGCACAUCAUCGCUGGACCCCCUCGAGCCCGUCGUCGACCACGGCGUCGUCCUGAAGACCGAGGACGUACCAUGGGUCUCGAAGCAGCUCUGGGCUCCCGACGCCGCCUACAAGGAUGGCAAAUACUACCUCUACUUCCCCGCCCGCGAUAAGCAGGACGUCUUCCGCAUCGGCGUCGCCGUCUCGGACAAGCCCGAGGGGCCCUUCACCCCGGACCCGGAACCCAUCAAGGGCAGCUACAGCAUCGACCCUGCCAGCUUCGUCGACGACGACGGCCAAGGCUACCUCUACUUUGGCGGCCUCUGGGGCGGCCAGCUGCAGUGCUACCAGAAGGGCAACGAGGUGUUCGAGAAGCAGUGGCUCGGCGCCCAGGAGCCCAGCGGCGAGGGCGCCUACGCGCUCGGCCCGCGCGUGGCCAAGCUGACGGGCGACAUGCACCAGUUCGACGGCGAGGUCCAAGAGAUACAGAUCCUCGCGCCCGAGACGGGGAAGCCCAUCCUCGCCGACGACCACGACCGCCGCUUCUUCGAGGCCGCGUGGCUGCACAAGAGGGACGGGCUGUACUACUUUUCCUACUCGACCGGCGACACACACUACCUCUGCUACGCCACGAGCGAGAGCCCGCUGGGGCCGUUUACGUACGGGGGACGGAUCCUCGAGCCGGUGCUGGGGUGGACGACGCACCACUCCAUUGUCGAGUUCAAGGGUCAGUGGUGGCUCUUCCACCACGACUGCGAGCUGAGCAAGGGGGUGGAUCACUUGCGGUCUGUCAAGGUCAAGGAGAUUUUCUAUGACAAGGACGGCAAGAUUGUGACGGAAAAGCCAUAG